GCGUUCCACAUUAUAAUACUUUGUUAUGACAUUGUGCGGUUAAAAUAAAAUAAUUUAAUUUUUCAUUACAAAGACUUGAUCAACAAAGAUUCACUAUUAAAAUGGUUGUUGACACCCAACAAAAAGACGGUGUAUUGCCGAAUCGAAUGGGUGGUGGUCCCCACGGACUGGGCGAUCCGGACGACAAACAACUCCGUAAAGUUGAAAAGGAAAUUCUCGUGCCGAAAAUAAUGCGAGAACGAGCCAAGGAAACACACUGCGCGGAGGUGGUGAAGGCAUUUGAAACUUGUUGCAAGGCGAACAAUGUAUUGAUGGUUGUAAACUGUCGGGCCGAAAACGAUGCAUUGAAAACAUGUUUGGGACGUUGGUACAAAGAUGCAAGUUUUAUUAAUGAGUGCACCGAUAUCUACUUGAAGGAACGCACUGAAUACAGGACCAGUGGAUUGACGAAGAAACAGAGAGCAAAGAUAGCGGCGGAAAGUAAUGGUCAAUGAGGACGUUCGGUUAUAGGACUCGUUCAGUCAAUUUAGUUUCGUUUUUGUGAUUUGCAUUUUGAAUUAUAUCUUAGCUUAUUGUUACUGAA